CCAUAAACUAGCUUGCUACUUUGGUGUCCUUUUAGAGGCUAUUCAAAUAAAAAAAAACAUGGGUGAUAAAAAGUCCUGCUGUUUGCCCUUAAAGGAGGAGUUCCAGCGUUCAAAGUUAUCGCUGGAUUACGAAGAUCCUGGAGUGUUUUGUAAAUCGCAAUGGCAAAAAGGAGAUCGGAAUUUAAUCUGGGUCCUUUAUCGAUGGGCCCUGGCUGCUUUCUUUGCCGCCGGAGUAAUAGGAAGUAUGAGACAGGACUUCAAUGGCGGUCGAUGGUUCAUAUUCCUCACCGAUUGGGGAUUUACACUGUGUUUAUUUACCUGCACGUACGGUGCUGUAAUCGCCACUAUUUAUUAUUUUAAUCAGUCAUAUUUUUCUCCUGGUAAUCGAUCACUAAAGAUUUUCUGGAUCUCACACUACACCACUUCGGUUCUUUCAAUGUUAAUUACCACGGUCUUCUGGGCUGCACUAUCCUCAACCAUGCCUGAAAUUGCUGGAGAGCUCUACAACUUGUGGUGCCACGCCUUCAACUCCAUUUGUAUGGUAUUUGACUGCUUUAUGGUGGCCUAUCCCAACCGCCUCAUGCACUUUAUCUACCCCUUCUCCGUGGUGCUCAUCUUUCUCGUACACUCUUUGAUUUACUAUUGGGCCGGCGGUACUGACAUGGACGGCAAUCGUUUUAUCUAUUACGCUCUUGAUUGGGCACGUCCUGGUUUGGCAAUUGGAUUUGUUUGCGCCGCGUUGGUCCUAAUUUGCUGCUUCUCCCUUGUGGCCUUUGGAAUUUACCGAUUACGGAUCUCCAUGUACAACUGUUGUAACAAAAAGGAACAUUCGGAAUUGCCAGCUCGUCCCAAAGAAUCAUCUCCAACAGUUUAA